UCCAGAAAGAGAAGGAACGGUCGCGCAUGGCACUUGUUUUGUUAAGUUGGUAGACUUAUUGCAACUUCAAAUUUGUAUUGACGCUUGACAGAUGACAGAAAAAGUAUUAAACAACAUUAUUGUCAUGUUGUAAAUUAGGGGAUUUAUAUAAAAAUGAAUUCAACAAGUUUGUAUGUGACGACAAAUCAAAUAAUACUGAAAUCAAACCCGAGCAACCCGAAUACCUGGCAAGACUUGUACCGCCUGGUCCCGUAUUUAAGGAACUCUUUAUGUUGUGUUGUUUGCGGGAAUUUGUUAGUAGACCCUUUAACGCCGACCGUGGGCCGUUGUCAGCAUCACCUCUGCAGAACCUGCAUCGGAGGGCGCAAGAAAAUAAAACCGGCGUGUCUGUGGUGCAAGAAUUGCAGUGACUACAGUGACAAUAAGAAUCUCCGAAUUCUCCUUCAGUGCUACAAAAAAAUGUGUAUAGCUCUAGUUAAAUCUGGGAUUUUUAAAGGACUUUGUGAACAAGCUGCGAAGAAUCAAACGGCGACGGGCGUGGAACGGGGAGCAGGGAAUCUUAUAGGGUUAAUUAAAGAGGGUGCUGCAUUUCAAGAUGACUACGAAAGCAAAGGAGGCUUGCCGAAGUCUGCAUACAGCAUUCUGCCGUGCGUCUACACCAAUUCCUCUACUCAAACGCUGCAGUUAGCAAAUGUGAACAAUUCUAAAAAUGUUAUGAACUCUAAUUUAAACAAAAAUCGGACUUCCUUAUACUCUGUUAUGUUUGCGGGGACAGGAAAUAAAAUUACCAUUAAAAGAAAGUCCAAGGACACCGGCGACAGUAAACCAAAGAGCGUGCAAUUUAAAAAAGACAUAACAGAGAAGUCAGUAUUUAAAAAACCACCAGCUAAAUGUUCAACAAAACCAAAAAGAGGUUGUAGAUGUGGGAAUGCAACCUUGACGCCUGGAAAACUGACGUGUUGUGGUCAGAGGUGUCCCUGCUAUGUGGAUAGUAAGCCUUGUAUUGAAUGUAAGUGCAGGGGUUGUCGAAACCCUCACAGACCUGAUGGCAAUAAAGUCAGGCCUCUUUUACCUCAAAUGCAACAAGUACAAUAUCAGAUACCUCAAAAUUGCUCUCAACCAGUGUUAGAACAACAAAUUUUACCAAAUAUUGAGAUAGAAAAUUUAAAAGUGGAUUCUCAAUACACCUACAAUCACCUCAACCAACAAUUUGCAACAUAUAAUGUUGUUGGAGUUCCUGUCGCCACAAAUCUGUUACUGAAAACUCAACUGAUGGAAGAAGGUGAUGAAGAUGAUGAUGAUGGUGAUGUUUCUAAUGAGGACUCUGAAAUUGUGGUAGAUGUUUGACUAUGAAAAUUUUCAAACCAUGCAUUAUUUAAGUACAUAACUAAUUUGUUCUGAAUAGGAAAUAUUUUUAUAUACAUUAAAAGCAACAUGUCCUUGUGUAAAUAUGUAUCUGAUACCCUCUAUGUUCAUAGGAGAGAGACGGACUGCUGCUUAAAAUUAAUUUUUCAUUUGUCUUAGAAGGUUAUAGAUGAACUUGGACAAAUAAAUUGUCACAAUA